AUCCGCCCCUCGCCGCUAAGAUGAGCGAUCACAUCAUCUCCAGCAUCAGCCUCCGGAGCAGCACUGCGGUGUCCGGAGCUCUGCUUGGCUCUCUGCGGAGCUGUUGAUUUCCUGGAGUAACUGCACUCGUACCGUGUAUGGGCCUUCCUGCUGGACCGUUAAAUCACCAUCAAUCGGCUUGUCAAAGGCAUCUGGGCUGAAUGUUAAAGAGCCGCGGUGCUGCACCGAGCCUGACCGAGACGGGAACAUGGCAUCCCCCAGCAGCUCGUCGCCUGAGCGGGGGUCCCCACCGAACCAACAGCGCAUUCGCCAGUCUGACAGCAACACAAGCUUCCUGCGAGCUGCUCGUGCAGGGAACCUGGACAAGGUGUUAGAAUACCUGAAGGAUGGUGUGGAUAUAAACACCUGUAACCAGAAUGGACUCAAUGCUCUGCAUCUGGCAGCUAAGGAGGGUCACCUGGAGCUGGUGGAGGAGCUGCUGGACAGAGGGGCGUUUGUGGAUUCAGCCACUAAGAAAGGGAACACUGCUCUCCAUAUUGCCUCGCUGGCUGGACAGCAGGAAGUGGCAAAGCUGCUGGUGAAGAAAGGCGCCAGUGUCAAUGCCCAGUCCCAGAACGGCUUCACCCCAUUGUACAUGGCGUCUCAGGAGAACCACCUCGACGUGGUGCAUUACCUGCUGGAGAACGACGGGAACCAGAGUACUGCCACUCAGGACGGCUUUACCCCGCUGGCCAUCGCGCUGCAGCAGGGCCACGACCAGGUGGUGGCGCUAUUGCUGGAGAAAGACACCAAAGGCAAAGUGCGCCUACCUGCCCUGCACAUCGCAGCCCGCAAAGACGACACCAAGGCUGCAGCCCUGCUGCUGCAGAACGACCAUAAUGCAGACGUGCAGUCUAAGAUGAUGGUGAACAGGACGACGGAGAGCGGGUUCACUCCUCUGCACAUCGCUGCUCACUAUGGCAACGUGAAUGUUUCCACGCUUCUCCUGAACCGUGGGGCAGCGGUGAACUUUACUGCGCGGAAUGGGAUCACACCCCUCCAUGUGGCCUCCAAGCGUGGAAACACCAACAUGAUCAGCUUACUGCUGGACCAGGGGGGUCAGAUUGAUGCCAAGACUCGUGAUGGCCUGACACCCCUGCACUGUGCAGCCAGAAGUGGACAUGCACCAGCAGUUGAGAUGCUGCUGGAGAGAGGAGCUCCUCUCCUGGCCAGGACAAAGAAUGGGCUGUCCCCACUACACAUGUCUGCCCAGGGUGACCACGUGGAGUGUGUCAAGCACCUGCUUCAGCACCAGGCACCUGUUGAUGAUGUCACACUGGACUACUUGACAGCACUGCAUGUGGCAGCGCACUGUGGCCAUUACCGAGUCACCAAGUUACUCCUGGACAAGAAGGCUAAUCCCAAUGCCCGUGCUCUGAACGGCUUCACUCCACUGCACAUCGCGUGCAAGAAGAACAGGGUCAAGGUGAUGGAGCUGCUGGUGAAGUACGGCGCUGCCAUUCAGGCCAUCACAGAGUCCGGCCUCACGCCCAUCCACGUAUCUGCCUUCAUGGGGCACCUGAGCAUCGUGCUUCUCCUGCUGCAGAACGGGGCAUCGCCGGACAUCUGCAACAUUCGCGGGGAGACGGCGCUGCACAUGGCCGCUCGCGCGGGGCAGCUGGAGGUGGUGCGCUGUCUGCUGAGGAAUGGAGCUCAGGUUGAUGCCAUAGCUCGGGAGGAGCAGACCCCUCUUCACAUCGCAGCUCGCCUGGGGAAGACUGAUAUCGUCCAGCUGCUACUCCAGCACAUGGCCCACCCAGACGCCUCCACGGCCAGCGGCUACACCCCUCUGCACAUCUCCGCCCGUGAGAACCAGCUGGAGGCAGCCGCUGUUUUGCUGGAGGCUGGUGCCUCACACUCUCUGUUCUCCAAGAAAGGAUUUACCCCCCUGCAUGUCGCUGCUAAGUAUGGAAGCCUGGAGGUGGCAAAACUUCUGCUGCAGAGGCGAGCGUCCCUUGACGCUGCCGGAAGUAAUGGGCUGACUCCUCUUCACGUUGCUGCCCACUAUGACAACCAGGAGAUGGUGCUGUUGCUAUUGGACAAGGGUGCCUCACCUCACGCCACAGCCAAGAACGGCUACACUCCGCUGCACAUCGCAGCUCGGAAGAACCAGAUGGACGUAGCAGCGGCACUGAUCCGGCACGGUGCCUCCACCAGCUCCGUCAGCAAGCAGGGGGUCAGCCCGCUGCACCUGGCCUCCCAGGAGGGCCACGCCACCAUGGCCUCACUGCUGCUGCGCAACAACGCACAUGUCAACGCGGCUGCCAGGAAUGGCCUGACCCCCCUGCAUUUAGCUGCCCAGGAGGACAAAGUCAGCGUGGCAGAGAUACUCACGAAAAACGGCGCAAACAUCGAGCAGCAAACUAAGAUGGGCUACACACCCUUGAUUGUAGCAUGUCACUAUGGAAAUAUGAAGAUGGUGAAUUUCCUGCUGCAGCAUGAUGUCAAUGUGAAUGUUAAAACCAAGAAUGGAUACACCCCCCUUCACCAAGCAGCACAGCAGGGAAACACACACAUCAUUAGCCUGCUUUUGGAGUGUGGGGCCAAACCCAAUGUCAUGACUGUGAGUGGAAACACAGCCCUGUCCAUCGCUAAGCGGUUGGGCUACAUCUCAGUUGUGGACACCCUGAAGAUGGUCACUGAGGAGGUCAUCACCACGAGCACGACCGUGACAGAGAAACACAAGCUGAACGUCCCGGAGACCAUGACUGAAGUGCUUGAUGUGUCUGAUGAGGAAGGGGAAGACACAAUGAUGGGGGAUGGGGGUGAGUACCUGCGAGUGGAGGACCUGAGGGACCUGGGGGAUGACUCCUUGUCCGGACAUUACCUGGAGGGCUUAGACUACCUUCGCUUCAGCCUGGAAGGAGGCCAGCAGGAGAGUUCCAACAGGUCUCAGCUCACUUCCAGACAACAGCAACGUAAUCAGAAAGGUGGAGCACUGAUGGAGGACAUCAUCAGCAGUCAAAAGGUGGCUAUUUCUUUUGAGAACCAGAAAGAUUCUUACCGCUUGAGCUGGGGCAUUGAAAACCUGGACAAUGUGGCCCUAUCCUCUGGGGCAUUGCAGUCUGGCCACAUCUCUCCGUUUCACGAACUUGACAACAGCAGCUUCUUGGUCAGUUUCAUGGUGGAUGCACGUGGGGGGGCCAUGCGGGGGUGCCGACACCAUGGUCUGCGCAUCAUCGUCCCCCCGCGGAAGUGCUCCGCCCCCACGCGUGUUACCUGCCGCCUGGUGAAGAGGCAGCGCCUGGCAUGCAUGCCCCCCCUGGUGGAGGGUGAGGCGCUGGCUAACCGGCUGGUGGAGGUGGGACCCACCGGGACACAGUUUCUUGGGAAGCUGCAUCUUCCAGCUGCUCCCCCUCCUCUUAACGAAGGAGAGAGCUUGGUCAGCCGAAUCCUACAACUGGGGCCUCCCGGGACCAAAUUUCUUGGACCAGUGGUGCUGGAGAUCCCACACUUUGCCGCAUUGCGAGGGGCAGAGAGGGAGCUGGUGACUCUACGCAGUGAAACGGGGGAGAACUGGAGGGAGCAUCACUGUGAACACACUGAAGAAGAGCUCAACCAGAUCCUCAACGGCAUGGAUGAGGAGCUGGACCCCCCAGAGGAGCUGGAGCGGCGGCGCAUCUGUCGGAUCAUCACGAGAGACUUCCCACAGUACUUUGCGGUUGUGUCCCGGAUCAAGCAGGACAGCCACCUGAUGGGGCCAGAGGGCGGGGUUCUGAGAAGCAGCGUGAACCCUGAGGUCCAAGCUGUGUUCCCAGAGGGCGCACUCACCAAAAGGAUCCGGGUUGGCCUGCAGGCCCAGAUCAUUCCCCCUGACCUUGUGAAGAGGAUUCUGGGUAAUAAAGCAAGAUUCAGUCCUAUCGUCACCAUGGAGCCCCGGAGGAGGAAGUUCCACAAGCCCAUUACUAUGACCAUUCCUGUGCCUAAGGCUUCUGCUAACGACGGGGCCGGUGGAUAUGGGGCCGACCUGCUUACACUGCGGCUGCUGUGUAGCAUCACCGGCGGCACCACUCCUGCACAGUGGGAGGACAUCACGGGAAGCACGCCACUCUCAUUCAACAACGAGUGUGUGUCCUUCACGACGAACGUGUCAGCGAGGUUCUGGCUGAUUGACUGUCGACAGGUGCAGGAAUCCGUGAACUUCUGCACACAGGUGUACCGAGAUGUGAUCUGUGUUCCCUACAUGGCGAAGUUUGUUAUUUUUGCCAAGACACUGAACCCCAUCGAGGCACGACUUCGCUGCUUCUGUAUGACCGACGACAAGAUGGACAAAACCCUGGAGCAGCAGGAGAACUUCACGGAGGUGGCACGUAGCCGAGACGUGGAGGUGCUAGAGGGAAAACCCAUUUACGCAGACUGUUUUGGCAACUUGGUACCGCUAACAAAGACAGGCCAGCAUCACAUUUUCAGCUUCUUUGCAUUUAAGGAGAACCGCCUGGCUCUGCUCAUUAAGGUGCGGGACAGCACACAGGAUCCAUGCGGCCGCCUCUCAUUCACCAAGGAGCCACGAUCAUACAGGAGCCUGAACAUGAGCGCCAUCUGCAACCUGAACAUCACUCUGCCAGCCUACAGCAAGGAUUCUGAUUCGGACCCAGAGACAGAUGAACAGACUGAUCAGACCCAUGACAAAUAUGAUCAAGACUCAGAGUCUACAGAGACGUCGUUCCUGAAAUCGCAAGUUCUAUGCCACUCUGCUGCACUGGCCAGCCCAGACCUGUCAGACAUGUCAGAGUUGAAGCAGGAUGUCAUUAAGUUACCUGCUCUUCUCACAGUGGACUUCACGGGCAAAUCGAUAUUUACUGGAGUGGGGGAUGACAGAGAGACAGAGGGGGAGCCGGGGAGACCUUUUGAAAUAGUGGUGCAAGUCAGAGAAGACUUAGAGACGGUUGGUGAGAUGCAGAAGAGCAGGGCGUCAAUGAUGGACACAGUGACAGAGACAGCACUGAAUACCAUGGAAGGAAGAGAUAGUCAGGAUAUAGAAAAGGUGGAGGAAAAUGUCGAGGAAGCUCCGUUUCAUGAAAUUCGAAUCGGCAUGGGAUACUCAAAACCAAAUACAACAAAAGAUGUUUCAGGCAUUAUCGACAUCCUCAGAGAGGAUCUUAACACAUGCCUGUCUGGGGUGGUUGUGAAACCGCUCCAGGAGGACAUUGUCAAAGAAGAAUUCACACAAGUGAUUUUGAGUAAGGUCUCGCCACCUGAAAUCAAAAAACCAGCUAGGAGGAAACUGAGAGAGAGGAUGCAUACCGAACAGGAGCAAGGAACCAGUUUUGGGGCCAUUCUUCUCAGGGAUAGCUCAGACGAGCUGCUUGAUGAUGAUGUACUGGGCCGGGGCCCGGACUCCCCAGCAAUUGUGGAGACCCCUAUUGGUUCCAUCAAAGACAAAGUACAAGCACUGCAAAAGAAAGUGGAGGAGGAGGAAAACCAAAGAAGGAUCACAACAUUCCAAGGAAGAGUAUAUUCCAAGAGCAGAUCCUCUCCUAGUAUCACUAAGAAAAUAUCUAAUUUCAUGGAAGCCCCCUCCGCAUCUCAGAGUUCUGUAUCAGACGAGCCAGAAGAGGCGAUGUCUGUGCGAGAAUUGAUGAAGGUCUUUCAGUCAGGACAGGGAGAGUCAAACAUUACAUCUGGCCUCUUUCAACACAAAAUUCCAACAAAAGAAACCCAACCAUUUAGUGGGACAGUCUGUGGGUCCCAAUCCAAAGAGGAAAUAAAACCAACACCAGUGGAUCUUCAAAGUGGAAUAACGGAUUCCAGUGUUACAGACAUUGUACAGAUUGACCAAGUAUCCAUGCACUCUGUGGAUUUUAGUGAAACCUUCAAAGUGGAGCUGGAGGAAAAUGCAGUGUCCUCAGGUGACAAGAAUGAAGAUAUUUCAGUCUGUCAAACAAACUCUGGGCACUCUGAGAAACUUAACCAGACUGUCACGACUGUCCCAGAUUUCACUGCAGAAGAAAACAACCUUGGUACUACAGACAAUAUGCAGACCAGAGCUCUAGAUUGCAGCCCUCCAGACAAGGGCAUAAAGUUACAUGACUACAGUUUGCAGACAGAUACUGGGGACGGCUUUGUGCACGAGGUCUUGGAAGAAACUCCAGAAUUCAGCCGUGAGAGUCAGUAUUAUUUGGAUAGAAAGUUGAGUCAUCAACUUUUUGAAACCAUUGAGUCAAAAGACCAAAUGGUAGAGAUUAAUUGCUUUUCCUCUGAUGAACCAGUAAAGAUCAGUGGUGAGUCUGCUAUGAAAGCGGUUCACUAUAGGCAGAGAAACCAUGCCCUCUCUCUAGAGGAAGAAGAUGUUCCAUCAGGACAUAAGCCCUCUGAAUCUUGGCAGCCCUCUAAUGACACUGGAGACACCAUUUUGAAUUACACUCAGAGCCAUGCCCUCUCUCUAGAAGAAGAAGAUGUUCCAUCGGGACAUAAGCCCUCUGAAUCUUGGCAGCCCUCUAAUGACACUGGAGACACCAUUUUGAAUUACACUCAGAGCCAUGCCCUCUCUCUAGAGGAAGAAGAUGUUCCAUCGGGACAUAAGCCCUCUGAAUCUUGGCAGCCCUCUAAUGACACUGGAGACACCAUUUUGAAAGACAGUCAGAACCAUGCCCUCUCUCUAGAAGAAGAAGAUGUUCCAUCGGGACAUAAGCCCUCUGAAUCUUGGCAGCCCUCUAAUGACACUGGAGACACCAUUUUGAAUGACAGUCAGAACCAUGCCCUCUCUCUAGAAGAAGAAGAUGUUCCAUCAGGACAUAAGCCCUCUGAAUCUUGGCAGCCCACUAAUGACACUGGAGACACCAUUUUGAAUUACACUCAGAGCCAUGCCCUCUCUCUAGAAGAAGAAGAUGUUCCAUCAGGACAUAAGCCCUCUGAAUCUUGGCAGCCCACUAAUGACACUGGAGACACCAUUUUGAAUUACACUCAGAGCCAUGCCCUCUCUCUAGAGGAAGAAGAUGUUCCAUUGGGACAUAAGCCCUCUGAAUCUUGGCAGCCCUCUAAUGACACUGGAGACACCAUUUUGAAUGACAGUCAGAACCAUGCCCUCUCUCUAGAAGAAGAAGAUGUUCCAUCAGGACAUAAGCCCUCUGAAUCUUGGCAGCCCACUAAUGACACUGGAGACACCAUUUUGAAUUACACUCAGAGCCAUGCCCUCUCUCUAGAAGAAGAAGAUGUCCCAUCGGGACAUAAGCCCUCUGAAUCUUGGCAGCCCUCUAAUGACACUGGAGACACCAUUUUGAAAGACAGUCAGAACCAUGCCCUCUCUCUAGAGGAAGAAGAUGUCCCAUCGGGACAUAAGCCCUCUGAAUCUUGGCAGCCCACUAAUGACACUGGAGACACCAUUUUGAAUGACAGUCAGAACCAUGCCCUCUCUCUAGAGGAAGAAGAUGUUCCAUUGGGACAUAAGCCCUCUGAAUCUUGGCAGCCCUCUAAUGACACUGGAGACACCAUUUUGAAAGACAGUCAGAACCAUGCCCUCUCUCUAGAGGAAGAAGAUGUUCCAUCGGGACAUAAGCCCUCUGAAUCUUGGCAGCCCUCUAAUGACACUGGAGACACCAUUUUGAAAGACAGUCAGAACCAUGCCCUCUCUCUAGAGGAAGAAGAUGUCCCAUCGGGACAUAAGCCCUCUGAAUCUUGGCAGCCCACUAAUGACACUGGAGACACCAUUUUGAAUUACACUCAGAGCCAUGCCCUCUCUCUAGAGGAAGAAGAUGUUCCAUCGGGACAUAAGCCCUCUGAAUCUUGGCAGCCCUCUAAUGACAAUGGAGACACCAGUCAAACUGAGGCAGACUACAUGUAUAAUCCUACCAACCUUGAUCUGCCCCUCAAACCACAGGACUUAGAGGGACUGAGCUCCUUGGCUGAUGCAUCCUUUAGUGUUAGUCACAAGGAUUCCCUGGAGGCCAGUCCUAUUACCAUAGACAAUUCCUCUCGUAAAUCCCCUGAUUCAAUUGAAUCAAGUCCAACUAAGGAAUCGCCAUGCCGUGAUUCCCUAGAAACUAGUCCCAUGCAGCAAAAAUCAACAGCCAUUAAUGAGCUUUCAGUUGAUCCUUUAUUGUUUGAAGUACAUCUUCUACCAGAUAAAAUUCAAUAUGAAGGUAGUGUUGUGAAGGACCAUAGUUUUGAACAAACCACUCAAAUGGAAGGAGAAAGUUCACAUUGUCACAAUGUUAUAAUCUGUGAGAAAGAAAGCUAUGAUAUCAUCCAUAAACCAUCUGAUUUACAGUCCCAGUCAAGCCCAACAAACACAACUACAACAUUAACAGCCUUGAAGCCUGAGAGUGAUUCCGAAUGUACUGAGCUUCAAAAGCAAUUCACCCCGGAGGAAGAGAUGUUUAAAAUGGCCACAAAGGUUAAGACAUUUAAUGAAAUGGAAAAGGACGCUAAAUCCGAACAAGACGCUAUUAAAGAAGAUCUAACCCCUGUAACAACUGAAAUUGUAGAAGACAGAAGUCAUCACAUAGGAGUAGUGUCACCAGAUGAGAAGUUAUUGGAGAUGGAGAAUAAAAAUUUCAUGGGUCCAGUUAUGUCAGCAGAACAUUUUGUUGAAGUAGAACCUCAGUCCCCUGUUUCACCACAAGAGCAUGUUGAUUCUUUUGAGACCAAAGAAUUAUACCCCAUUGAUAUAUCCAGUGAAUCCAGAGAAGAAACAGAGGUUGAAGGCAGUGAAGCUGUAGAAACAGUUUCAUCAAGCAUUCCAAGCUUAGAAAACACUGGACAUCAGUCAGGUACAGCAGAAAACAAACAAGACGAGAAUUGCAUUGAACAUAUUCGGACCACAUCCACAGAUGAGGGAUUGCACAGGGAACUGAAUUCAUUUAUGUUUCAGGAGGGCAAGCUCUUCGAGAUGACCAGAGGUGGUGCUAUAGAUAUGACACAAAGAAGUUUUGAAGAAGAAGUGUUUGGCAUAGGCUUCUUACAUAUAGACAAGUACCCUGCUGAGGAGGGCCUUGUGGAGGAAAACAAAGAAGAUACCGUUGAGUGGAACACCGUCAACGAUCUGAGUGUUGUAGACGGAGCAGAGAAAAGCCAUAAACCUGUGUCAGAUUCACAAGGAUGUGGACAUGAUCAGUUUGAGGAGAGUGGCAUCAGCUCUUCAGAGAACAUAGACUGGGAUUCUGCUGCUGACACAUUCCCUCACACACAAAGGCUUCUUUCCAUAACCACCAAAUCUGUCCAUGCCAAACAGGAUGCUGAGUCUCUUGACCCCUCCCCAAAGGAGCAACAGACUGUCAUUGGACUCCCCUCCCUUGCCGAUGAGACUGUAGUACCCCUCUGUAGCCAAGUGGCGGACACAUCAGAGAACAUGAACCAGUUCCUUUCACCCAUGCAUUCUCCACAUCUGGUCUCACCUUGGUCUCUCGAUUUGCAGGAGAAAGGGAGACCCAGUUCUGAAACACCAGUCAAAGUAGAACCACUAAAGUGCAAGUCCUGCUCUGAUACAGAAGUACAGUAUACAGAGUCACUCAAAGUCAGAAAGGAACAUCUAUCUGCUCUGCAGGGACACAGGAGCAAAUCUGACUCAGAUACAGUAUCCUUCAAAGGGUUUUUCAAGACUCAAAAUGAGUAUGAAAAAGACUAUUCUCAGGAAAUUGGCACAGAAGAUGGCCUGAGACAGUCAGAAGAUUCAUCUGAUAAGUUAAAUACUCUAGUUUCACAGCAGUCCAUUAGAACUGAACCUGGACUAAAAUUCAGCUUGUCCACCUCAGAUGGUGAGCCAGCCUUUGAAAACACAUCAAGUAUAAAAGCCCGUCAGACCAGUACUCCCGAACAGGGGUCUGUUUCUGACGAUGUCUUUCUUAUGAGAUCGCGGGAAAGUUCUGUACAGAUUCGGACCAUUUCUGGUGAAAAUGCCACACGUCAACAUGAAGUUGAUGCACAGGGUGACCCAGAAAGGAAUGAGGAAAGGUUAGCUGUCAUUGCAGACCACCUGGGGUUCAGCUGGGCAGAACUAGCACGGGAGCUGGAGUUUGAUGAAGAUCGGAUUCAGCAGAUUAGGGUGGAAAAUCCCAAUUCCUUGCAGGAGCAGAGCCAUGCCCUGCUGAAGCACUGGGCGGAAAGGGAAGGCGACAAUGCUACAGAAAGUAAUCUGAAUAGGAAGUUGACAAAAAUUAACCGCAUGGACAUCGUGCAUCUCAUUGAAACCAAUGUUUUCAAGUGCAACCAGACAUCAAGGACCUAUGCAGAGAUCGAAAAGACACUUGAUCAGAGUGAAGACUUGGACAGUCCCAGACUGAUACGAAGGACUGAAACCACGCCCAAACCCCCCCCUUCCGUCUCAGAAGAAGAUCUGUCAGUCUCCUCUCUGCUGGACACACACUGCACAGAAGCUCUGAGACACACCCAGCGACAAACCCAUCAACAGGACCAGCAGAUGACAAGGGUUAUGGGUGUAAUGGGUGGAGUUCCACUGACAUUUGAAGAAAAUGGGACUUCGGAAACUGGAGGCAGAAGCACCCCAGAGCAGAUUUCAUCAGAGUUGUACAUGGAAAAGACACUAAUUUCCAGUGAAUCAAAGGACUCUCUUGAUAGGCUGGGUGAAGACUCUGAUUUUGCUAAAACACCAGCACAGGCUUGUCAGGGUUCACCAUGCAUAAGCCAGACAGCCGAGAGGCAGUUUGUCUUAUCGGGAAGUAGCCUGACCUCAUUUGAUCAUAUUGAAGAACUUGAAAUGAAUGAUGAUGCUUCAGAAUAUGCACCUGUAGAUCUGAAUCUAAUGUCUUCUGUACCUGAGCCCAGUGUGAAUCUCAUUGGGGGACCUACUCAAAUUAACCAAGGUUCAUCUGAACUAGCUACUGAGAAUACUGAGGCCUGCCCAGGAGCAUGGAUAAUCUCCCGAGACUUUCGAGAAGAGUCGUCACAUUUUGAGGAAACCUGCUAUGAAUUUAAUCAAAAUAAAAUGUCCUGUAAACCUCUGUCUGAGGUAGAACCUGAGUUUCUGGUAGAAUCUCUUCCUGAAGAUACACUAGUAAUGGAAGAGGCACUUGAUUUGAAAUCAACAUCAUCUGCAUUUACUUCUUUUACAAAUGGCGCAGAACUGCUGAACUCAGUAGAAACUCAGUCCAGAUGUUCCUCACAUAACCUGUUUGAAAAAGAAACCACUAUUAUCAAAUCAGUUUCUGAUGAUGAAAAAUAUCCUACAACCUUUGAGUUUGAACAACCUUGUCCAGAAACAACAGUUGCAAAUCAAAUGUUUUUACCAGAAUCAAGUGUUCUUGAUGUGCUGAGUGAAAUGACACAUGACUCUGAAAGUGCUGAUAUUCCUCCAUUACCCAGCCCAAGCAAGGACAUAACUUCUGAGUCCAUAUCACGACCUCUAACCUGCAGUGAAUCUUCCUCUGAACCCCUUCAGAUAAUCCCCGAGGUCCUGAGGGAAAUUAAUGAGGAUGAUGACAAGUUACAAAAUUCCCCUGUCCAGGUAUCACCAACAAUAAACCAAAGCUCACUUGAUUUUGAACAAAUAUCAUGUAAGACACAAAGUGGAUAUAGUCCAGAAUUGCUGGAAUCAGAAGAAACUGAGGAAACUCAGUACGGACCCUCAUCACCCCUCCAGGAUAUUAGAGUAUCUGUUGAUCUGAGUUCAGGGUCUCCAUUUGCCAGAGAGGAUCUUACAGACUCCAGCCAGGUGGCACCUGAUAUUCAGUCAACCCCUGAGAUCAGCCCGGUUUCUCUGCAGAUGACUGUCGAUGAAAAACCCGACUUACAAGCAUCACAGCAAUGCUGCCUUGAGCAGAGUGAAGCGUCUAACUUUGUUGACUCAGCAGACGUAUUUGUUUCUUCAACACCUAUACAAAUUGAAUGUGACACUACUGAACUGGAAAUUAUACCUGUUUCAACUGAAGCCAUUCCUGUAUCUAAUCAAAUUGUGCAAAAAUCACUCAGUGACACUGAGCUACAUGAUCCAGACUCUUUAGAAUUAGCUGUUGAAGAUUCUUUAGCUUCAUCAAAAAUUAACUUAAACCCUCCUGAUUUUGAACGCCUGUUGUCUGAGGACAAUGGCAAUUUGCAAAAUUCCUUUUUGUGUGUAUCACCAAAAAUCGAUGAGAGCUCACCUGACUUUGAGCAAACAUUUUCUGCUUUAGAGACACAAGCAUUAAAUGUAAAGGUGAAAGAACCAAAUAAAACACAUUCACAGUCAAGCUAUUCACCUGUUAUUGACAUGAAGCCAGAUUUUGAUCUGAGUCCGGUGUCACCAGUCUUUACAGAAUCUCCUUCAGAACCUAGUCAGGUUUCACUUAAACUCCUCAGUGACACUGACCAAAAUGUUCAUGAGAUAUCUGGUUCUGCUAUGGAUGCUCCAGGCACACCUCCAAAUUCAUCAGACUGUGAAGAAACGUUACCUGAAUGGAAUUAUCUGCAAACUCAAAUAAAUUCAAAUACUGAUAAACCAAAGGAAAUGAAUUCUCAGUCCAGUUGUUCGUCACUAGACAGAGAACCUAUUGAUGUAUGUCCCAUGUCUAAUGAAUCUACCUCCCAAAGUAGACUUGUGACAUCAGAUGUCCUACAUUCAGCCCAUAUGCAGUUUCAGAGUCCUCCUGGCAUGGCACAAAGAAGACAAUCUGAAUCACAAAAAUCAAGCGAUAUUCUUGUAAGCUUGAGAAGUCUGUCAUAUGAUUUGGACCAGUCAACGAGAGUGCUGAACUCUGUAUCACGUAGCCUGGCAGAUGGUGAACUAAACAUCAAAUCAGAUGAUCACUGUGAAUCUCUCAUUGAACCUAGUCAAGUUCAACAUGACGUUCUCAUUGACGCUAAUGCAGAUGAUCGGCAGCCCCCUGAAUCUUUCAUAGGCGAUAUAUCAGUAUCACCAAAAACUCGCAUAACUUCUACUGAUUUUAAAUCACCUGGAGUGGAAACAACACCUACUAGAUUUAGUCCAGAGCUGACUGAAUUUAGGAAAAGUCCCUCUCAAUCCAGUCCUUCAAUAUUUCUUGGAAAAGAACAUCCCGCUAACCUGAGCACAGAACCUUCGCUCUUCAGUGAAUGUCAUGCUGACCAAAGCCAGGUGUUUAAUUUCGAUAAAUGUUCUCCAAUAGUAGAUCAGCCAGCCCUGAUGCUAGAAUCAGGUCAUAUUUCUUGUGAGAUCAGUGAAGCAACUUGUGGUUCUGCUGCAGAUAGGUGUGAUCCUUCAUCACCUCUCCAAGUAGAAAAUGUACUUAUGGAUGUUACUCCCAUCUCACCUUCAUCCAGUGAAUCACCCUCUGAACCCAGCCAAGUGACAUCAAAGCUCGUUAGAAAAAGUCUUAGUGGUCAAGGCUCCCCUGAAGAUGUGUCUCAGGAUAUGUCAGGAUCUCAGAAAAUUCUUCCAACCUCAUCUGAAUUAGAAAAGACAGGUGAUGUAUUUAGUGAAGAAUUUGAGGAAUGCGAAGAAGAUGCUGCUUUAUUGCCUCUCCCAGACACUGGAACACCUACUGAGCUAAAUCCAGUGUCUCCUGGUCUUAAUGAAUCUCUUUCUGAAGCCAGUCAGUCGGCGUAUGACCUCUGUAGAGAAGAAAACCAGGAUAGCGAGACAAGCAUCGAAUCUGUUAACAAGAAUAUCCCUAAAUCACCCAAAUGUCUUGCAGAAAAAUAUGCUGCAUCAGAGGUAACACAUACUGUAUUUACUUCAGAAUCCAGUUCUUCCUCAUCUUUGGCAAAUUUCACACUGUCUCCCACUGUCAGACCUGAUUAUGAUAUACUUCAGGAUUUCACAUAUUCAGCUGAACCAACUGAACAGGUCACGGCAGAAGAAUUCGAGGGAGAAGUUAACCUUGAUGAUGAAUACAUUGAACAAGCUGCACAGACUCUGGGAAAAUCAUACUUGUUCCAACUGGGGGGUUCUACAGCCUGCAGCCUUACAAGCCAGGUAACAAAAACCAACAAUGCGAGUUCAUGCAAAGCACCUGAGGUCCGCAGAGCUGUUCAUAGUCUUUCAGCCAGUGCAGAUUUCUCUCGUGCUUCUGGAGACUCAGAUCCUGCAUAUACGGAGUGGUUUUCAGGGCACUGUGAAGUACAAACCAAAGGAUUGAAAUCAGGGAGGGCUCACUCAGCGGGUGACGGCAUAGGCUGCUCAUUCACUCCCAGCAGCCAAGAUUCCCUGCACACUGAGCAGAUCCAGAUCUCCAGCACAGAUGCUGCCCUGCUCACAGCGGGCACAGGAAAGGCCCACUCCUCAAGCAGUGAAGAUUACUGGGACGCCCACGAGCCACACGAGGUUGGGCACCCUGUGAUGGAGGAAGUGCCACCCCCCAGGGACAGUGGAGCAUGUCAGCCGGGUAUAGACCCGACCAGUCAGCUCUCUGCAGGAGAGCAGGCUGAGUGUGAGGAUGAUGCUGAUUCUUUAGCGCGGGUGGACGCGAUGCUGGACGUGUCCCCACUGACGGAGGCAGAGCAACAGGCCAUGGAGCAUUGCAGGACUUCAGGGGUAAGCAGGAAAAUUAUUCAAAAAGGACUGUCAGCUGAUGGAGUGGAGUGGGAAGAGGAAGUGAAGAAUGGGCAGGGUCUGAAGCCAGCCUGCAUCAAGGAUGGAGCCCAGUGCACCACAAUGCGGAAGAGGGCUCUUAGGAGUGAUGGGGAUCAGACAGAGGUGACCUUCUGUGAGUCUCUGCCUUUGUCCACUGAAGUAGCUAUGGAGGCUGAACCUGAGCAAGAGCACAGUGUCAACAAGGACACUGAUGAGUAAGAUGAGCGCGCACUUGGGGCAGGAGUCAAGCGGCUCCCAAGGGAGGCAGGUCUACCUGGAGAAGCUGAAGAAGUCCCAGUGACCAGACCAUCUCCAACAGCAUGUGUAGUGCCUGCUCCUCUGUUAUAUAUAUUUAUUAGCCCCCCAAGAGCAUUAUUAACAGGCACCCACCCAACAUUGGACCUCUCUAUCAUAUUAUGACCCAGAUCCCAAUAUCUUGCACACUUACUCCCACUAUUACAAACUGACCUGCCAAUGUUUUCCUCUGAAAACUGUUGACCAUUAUCUGUCUGAUAUUCUGUCUGUAUUUUAUCCAUUUUGACCAAAGAUUGCUUUCUUUUGUGGUUUGUUUAAGGGUUAUCUUCCCCUCCUUGGGUAUUUGCUGCUGUAGAAAUGUAGUCUCUUCUGGGGGAAUUCUCACAUUGACCCAAGACACACUUGCAAACUCUUGAGCUUUGAUGCCAAUAAGGAAAACAAUCUGUUCAAAAGUGAAGGGUUAGGUCUUGCUUGACCGUGUGUUCUGUGUGUAGUCUUUCAGUUGCGAGAAACUGCAGUUAAACUAUCUGCAUAUCGUCAAAGGAUUUCCACUGGACCUUAACCGUCCUGGGCUGUGUGUCCGUCUGUGUUUCGUGUGCGGGGCAGUAGCACUGAGCGUGUGAGCAUCCCUGCAGUGUCUGGCUGUGUGUCACCCUCCUCACUGUCUGAUUCUGACAAGAUUGUAAGAAUAUAUUUAUGAAAUCUUUACAAUGCUUACAAUGUUUGUAUUGCAUGAAUCCAGGCUUUAUCUCACCCACUCCCUAUGCAAAGAGAGCAGCCGAAUGUAAAAGCUGACAUUAGAGAAGGUUAUGCUAAUCAUACUUACAAUGAAGUCUAGUGAGUAAUGGUGUACCUGUUGGCAUUGUGUAAAUGCAUUUUAGAAAUGAAUGCGAGAUUAGCAUAAGCCACCUGUUUCAACCAUACAUGUAAAAUGGUGUAAAUGACACUUAUUUACCAUACUCUCUGAAUCUGUGAAUGUGUGCGUGUGUGUGUGGGGGGAGGGGUAUUUGCAGUGCAGGCUAUAUCUACUGCUUUUACACUUCACUGUUUAUGCUGUGUGUAGUCAAAAAAGACAAAACAGUACUCACUGUGACAGUUUACUAUUCUAUAUAAUUACUGAUGUGUUCCCAUGGUGAUACCAGUUAUGGAAAAAUGUAAUUAUAGAUUAUAUAUCUUUGAAGGCAUGUAUCAGAUAUUAAAUUCAUUUUGAAGAAACACUAGCUAACUAAAUAAAAUCUACAAAUGUGCUU